GACUAUUUCUGUUAGGCUAUUUAUAAGAGUAACAGCAGUCAUUCCCGUGAUAUGAGCUGAAGAAAAAAUACAAUAAACAUGAAGCCUAUACGAAUAGCUCCAACGCAAGACUUUAGUCUCUGUCCAUCAAUAGGCUAUAGCUCAUUUGGCUUUGAAGAAGAUAGGAAAAACUUGUGAAAUGACAUUUAGCUGGUGAAGAAUUGGAAAACUGCGCGUUCCAGAGUUCCCCCAGAACAGCCCGUGUUUGUCUGAAAUUAAAGCAGAGAGACUCGUGCUCGCCUGAAGUGACGUCUCAGGGCGACUUUGAAGAUUCUGCAUGAGGUUAGAUUGUGGCCAGACCGAAAUGAAAUGAGUGGCUAACGACUGACCUCUUCCGCUGCACCACCACCACCAGCAACCUGUAGCAUCUAACCAGUGCCUCUCCACCAGCCUGAUACACCCACACCCACACCCACAGAACACCAUCAGACUGUGACAUCAGGUGCAAGGGGAUGACCGAACGCAUUCACCACAUUAAUCUCCACAACUUUAGCAAUUCUGUACUUGAGACCCUCAAUGAGCAGCGAAACCGCGGGCACUUCUGUGACGUGACGGUUCGGAUCCACGGAAGCAUGCUGCGAGCUCACCGCUGUGUGCUGGCUGCUGGCAGCCCCUUCUUUCAGGACAAGCUGCUCCUGGGCUACAGUGACAUCGAGAUCCCCUCGGUGGUUUCUGUGCAGUCCGUCCAGAAACUGAUUGACUUCAUGUACAGCGGCGUGCUGCGGGUCUCCCAGUCCGAGGCGCUGCAGAUCCUCACGGCCGCCAGCAUACUUCAGAUCAAGACCGUCAUCGACGAGUGCACCCGCAUUGUUUCGCAGAACGUGGGCAUCGCUGGACCUGGCGGCUUUUCCGUGGUCCCAGGAGACUCGGGGCAGGAGACGCCUCGGGGAACUCCUGAGUCUGGCACGUCCGGCCCCAGCAGUGAUACCGAAUCAGGCUACAUGCAAACAUCUCACCAGAGCCUUGACCGCGUUUACUCCUCGCUGUACUCCAGCUGUUCUGGGUUGGGUCUGCAAAACGGUACCCGUGGGAAUCGCUCCCACUAUGCCAGCGCCGUGGCCAACGCCAGCUACGACUCGCCCCUUCCACUACAGCAGAAGGAGGGAGGGCAGGACCCUGCCUGGAUCACACGCAUCCACGAGCGCUCGCAACAGAUGGAGCGCUUCCUGGCCACGUCUGAGAGUACACACUGCCGGAAACAGCCUCGUCCCGUGAGGCUCCACACUGGUGACCUUCACAUCAAGCAGGAGCAAGGGGACGAGUACACCUGCUACGGGCUGGAGGACUGCCGCGAGGACGGAGAGCAGCUGGAGUGUGUCGAGAGCGAGCCCAAAGGAGAGAGCUUCGACUCCGGCGUCAGCUCGUCCAUCGGCACAGAAACGGAUUCUGUGGAGCAGCCCUUCUCGUCUGCGUUCGCUCGAGACAACUGCCCGAAUAAAGGCCUGCAAGGUGAGCGGGGAACCCCUGUGCAGAUCGAGGUCAACGAUUCAUCCCCCGAGCAGACCCAAGAGUCGGUGGAAGACGAGAACAGAAACGGUCCUUCUCAAGAGAGUGGCGAGCUCGGACUCCAUCAGCUGCCACAAGCAUCCCAGCCGAUGCCUGUCGGGCCGUACCUGCGGCCAGGUGAGCCACUUACCAGCAACCUGCGGAUGCCCCUCACCCUGACCAGCAACAGCCAGGUAAUGGGAUCCGCAGGCAACACGUACUUGCCUACGCUCUUCACAACCCAGUCAGCCAGCGACAACAAGCCUUUCCUCUUCAGCCUGCCCCAGUCCAUUGGGAGUCAGCAGCCCCAGUUUGUGGCGGUGCCCUCUCCCAGCAUGCCCCCGUUCCCCGGCGGACUGACCGUGCCACCGGGUGGAAGUCAACAGCAGGGUGGUGCUUCUGUGGGACAGCACGGGGAGAAGAAGCCCUACGCGUGCACUCUUUGUUCCAAGACCUUCACUGCCAAACAAAACUUUGUGAAACACAUGUUUGUGCACACAGGUGAGAAGCCGCACCAGUGCAGUAUCUGCUGGCGUUCGUUCUCGCUGAAGGAUUAUCUCAUCAAACACAUGGUCACACACACAGGCGUCCGAGCGUACCAGUGCAGCAUCUGCAACAAACGCUUCACCCAGAAGAGCUCGCUCAACGUCCACAUGCGCCUGCACCGUGGAGAGAAGUCCUAUGAGUGCUACAUCUGCAAGAAGAAGUUCUCCCACAAGACCCUGCUGGAGCGCCACAUGGCCCUGCACAGCUCCGAGACCGGGGUGUCCGGGGUCAGCGCCGCAGGGAGCGCCGGAGGCCCCGCGUCCAUCCCCGUGCCCAUGGCUGUUCCCGAGCCAGGAGCAGGAGUGGUGUCUCUCGCCAUGCCGGUGGGAGUGGGCGGAGCCGGGGGCGGAGUCGGGGGCGGAGUCGGGAGCAGUGGAGUGAGCGUCGCUGCCGAAGCAAGCUGCCAGGAGGGGACCACCUACAUGUGCUCCGUGUGCCCUGUCAAGUUUGACCAAAUCGAGCACUUCAAUGACCACAUGCGCAAGCAUGUCUCCGAUGGAUAAGUACAAAUUAAAAAAAACAUGAAAAAGAAUUCAAUGAUACAGAAAACGGCACUAGAUUUUUUUUUUUUUCUUAUAUUGGGGCAUGAAGAGUAAUGAGUAUAGACACUGGCACAUUAAGUUUUCUAGAAAAAAAUAAGCGUUUAAUUUCUUUUCUUUCUUUUUUUUUUUUUUUUGUCCUUGCUAUUCUUAAAGAAUAAAAAAAGAUGGUGGCCUUAAGGCUGUGUAGUUGGAUGACGAUCCACUGGCUGGAUCCAUACUACUGGCCUCUAAAUGUAUGCUUUCCUUAAAUACUGAUUUAUGUGUUGAACACUACCGAAAGGCCUGCGAAAGAACACACAAGAAAAAAAAUUCACAUGCGCGCGCACACUCAGACAUACACACCAACACAAAUACACAGAACCCAUGCAUGCACUCACACGCACAAACUACUUAUACACACUUAUAUAUGGUAGAGGUAUUUUGUACGUCUGUGUAUUUGUGCAUGUGAGCGUGCGUGUGUGCACAAAAUAAUUAUUGCAGUGAAUUUUUUAACCUUGUAGAUCUUUUCCCAUGUAGACCGUAUUGGACACUAUAAGCGUCCAAGCUUACUGUGGUAUAGAUUUAACCUAAAAACAAAUAAAAAUGAAAGGAAAGGAAAGGAAAGAAAAGACAAAUAAAAAAGAUUUGGCUCUAGAUUCGUCCUAAAAUAACGAUGGUCACAUGUUUGCCUUUUUUCGUGCGAUAAGCAUAGGAGAGUUGUUCUGAUUUGACACUGGUUUUUAUUUAUUAUCAUGGCAUUGAGGGAUUAUGAUGUUGAUGUUGUCAAGGUACAAGCCAGUUUUACUAACUCUACUAAAAUGGGAAUUUUUGAGUGGCUUGACGAAUGAAUGAUGAUUAUGAUUAAGACAUUUUCCUUUUCUCCCGCCCACAUUUUUUUUAUUUGAUGGUUCAGGUCAAGUUUACAAAAAAAAAAAAAAAAAAGUAUAUAUAAAUAUAUAUCAAUGACAGUAUUCGAGAAAAACCUUUGAAUGCCGUUAAUAAUAAUUUCCAAUUCGUUUUGCAUACACUGCCACUAAGAAGACGACUGUUAGUUGACCUCCUCCGCUUCAAAAUGACUAAAUUUCAAUUGCUCCAUGGUUCUCUUUUGUAUUUUUGAAAAAAAAAGAAAUAAAAGUAAAAGGAUAAUGGCAGAUUUUAGUAUGCAAACCGGCCCGAAUCCAAGUGAAUUGCUGCUCCUCACGUGCUCACUUUGAGACUGUUAUCAGCUGUAGAAUCCAACAUUAUGUGUGGAGAUCUCUCCAACUAUUAUUAUUUCUCAGUGAACGUGGUAAACGUUAAGCUAUUUGGAGCCAUGGGCUAGAUGAGAUCAAAGUGAACUGGACAGAAAUAGCCUCCUAAACGCAUUAAAGUGCUGUAUGUCCUGUUAGCGGCGGGCGACUGCUGGGACUCGGUGUUUGGGCCGGUGGGGUGACUCAAAUGCACUACUCCUGUUCCUAAAGCCCCACCUCGUGGCUCAAACAGCCGUCCUGGUUUUUGCCUGAUGGGAUAUACAGAACAAGGCAACAUCUACCGAACCACAAUAAAAUCAACACGGUCACUCUUCUUUAAUAUACCACAGGGAGAAAACUCUCCAGACAAUAAGAAACAUUCCCAAUUUUACCAGUAUCUAGACAUGGUGUGUGUAUUACGGAAGUGAGUUGAAAAGGUUGUAUUUUUGGUGUUAUGUCACUCAGAAGCUCUGUGUUCAUAUUUGGCUUCGUUAUACAUGUAUUUUAUUGAUAUUAAAGAUCCGCCGUGCAACUGCAAUCUGGCAACUGUGCUCACUUAUCUGAGAUGAGAGACAGCUUGGAAGUGUAGUUCAGAUGAUGACAAUUCAUUUAGACCUUCUCCUUUUUGGAAGCUGUAGGUUUGAAAAACAGUGCUACUUUGCACAUUUACUUCAAAAUCCUGUGCUUAAGCAUCGAAUUGUUUUACUUAAGAAAUUAAAUUCUAUGAUUUUCUUUUCAUUGUUUAUAAAGGAAAUAUCUUUUCUUAAAAGCUUGAUAAGAGGACUGCAUUGUUUUCUUGCAUAUAUGUUGCACUGCUUAAACCAAUAAGUGCACUACUGUUACCAGAGAUGUUCUAGUUUUUAGAGAUAAUCUUUUUUUUUAAUCAAAUAUUUGGUUCUGUAGUUCACUUGUGUUUGAAUAGCUUUGUUCCUGUUUUUGAUUAGAUGACUUUUUUCUUGGCUUUGUUGUCAUCACUUGCUGUUGUAUUUACUUUGUGCUGUUUAUGCAAGCAUUUUCUGUACUUCUCCUCUUUAUUUAUAUUUAAAGCAUUGUGAGCUUAUCCCUGGUCAGAUCCUAAUGAUGUACACCACUUCCAUCCCCAUCCCAACACUAUCCCAAUGCAGUUUAAUCAUUCAAGCAAAUGCUCCGUUUCCCUCUCAUUCAUACCAAACUAAAAAACAAAAGCAAAACAAAAAAACAUCAAAACCAUAAAACCACCAAAAAAAAAAAAACAAAAAAAAAAGAUUCGUAGUGUAUGCCUAAAUAUAUGAUACAUGUCUUUUAGAACAAGUACGUUUCUACAAGAAGGUCUUUGUGCAAAGCUUUUUAGUGCUGUCUAGGGAUCAAGCACAUGUCUGUAUGUGUUUGUAUGAGCAUGUGUGUGUGUGUGUGUGUGUGUGUGUCUAUGUACAAUUUGUGAUGCCUGAACUGUAGGGCUUCCUUUGCAAUAUGCAGUACAGGUACGGCAACAGUGACAACAUGUUAUUUUACAUCCUUAGGAGUACAUUUGGUAACUUUCUCAAGAACAAUUACUACAGAGAGUAACAUGAGGAACGUCAUGCUGUUAUAAGUCUGAAUAAUAUGAUCUGGCCUGACCCAAUCGCAUGAUUCUGUAUCGUUCUCCAGUGCUUUUUAACUCCGUAAUGCUGCAAAGUUUGGCCACGGGCUGUGUUGGAUGGGUCUGAGGUGCUGCCUAAGACCAGCACACUCGUCGGAUCUACAUCUCGUGUGAUUUCAGCUCGGUGUACCGUUUGUGUUGUUGAGUAGCGAUCUGAGAGGAAGAAGAAUGUUCCGCUGGUAACGUUCGCUCUUGCUGUUAUAGUUUUGAUGGUUCUGAAUCGUUGUGGUACACUUGAUAUCGUCCAGUAGAUAAUCCAUGAAUUAGAAUUGUAGUUUUUCAGAUUCAGGAACCGUCCGUGUGAAUUUCAACUGCAGCAAUUCACCGAAACGUUAUAGCGGAUCACACAUAUACGUGACCCUGGAGCACAAAACCAAUCAUAUGGGUCAAAUGUUUUUAAAUUGAGAUUUAUACUUCAUCUGAAAGCUGAAAUUCCAUUAAUGUGUGGUUUGUUAGGAUCGGACAAUAUUUGACUGAGAUACAACUAUUUGAGAAUCUGGAAUUUGAAAAUUUGGAGAAAAUCACCUUUAAAGUAGAUCUUAGCAAUGCAUAUUACUAAUCAAAAAUCAAGUUUCAUCGUCAUGGAACAUGAUCUUUACUUAAAAUCCUAAUGAUUUUUGGCAUAAAAGAAAAAUCAAUCAUUUUGCCCCAUACAAUGUAUUGUUGGCCAAGAGACUCAAGACUGCUUUUGUGCUCCAGGGACACAGAUGUCUUUAAAAGAAGAGUCAGGCCUGCAGAAACAUUCACAUUUCUACACAUUAAAGCACUUGAUGAGCGCCACCAGAGAGCAGAGAAAUCAAUAUCACUUCCGAAUAGUUUUCUAGAUAAAGUAUAUUGUUCAAAUAACAUCCAUUUGGUGGUGGUGGUGGGGGGGGGGGCUUAUAUUGGCCAUCAGCUGUGUCUUUACAGAUAGCCUUAAUCAUGUUUGACUCAAGCGACCAAAUGCACUAUUGCUUGUGAAGGUGCUGUUGCAAUUUCUAGUGUUUAUGUCACACAACCGGAUUUAUAUUUAAGAGAAGGGCAGAGAAAGCAACCUUGCAAUACAGUAUUGGAUUUAUGAAGUACAUAUAGCUUCAUGCAAACAGCUGACUUCUCUUCUCGGUAUCGAACCAUGCAUGAAGACAACAGCGUCACCGCUCCUAGUAUCAGGCUUCAUAUAUAUAUUAAAGCUGUCUCAUCUCGCUUGUGUUGAAGUGAGUGCUAUGAGGCUUUAAUGUCCGAUAUUACUGUUACUCUGUCUUUGUUCAUAUGUAAAAAAAGAAACGCAGCAACAGCAACGCAAAACAAAAAAAGAUGGUCUAUUUCACAGAGACUUUGUCUAGCCAACAUUGUGUAGUUUGUGAAAGUGUAACAAAUGUCAUAAAUGUCAUAGUCUACUCUCCGUCGCAUCUAGACUGGACACCGAAAAGCACUAUGACGAUCACUUCUACGGCUAGUUCAGACUUUUUCACAUUACUUACAGUAUAUAUAUUUACAGUUCAUAAUUGUAGAGUUAGCGUUUAUUUUUGUUUUCUGCUUAAAAUUGUAAUUUUACAAUACAUAUAAGUUUUCUUCAAGUGUACAGUAUAGAUACAGCCUUCUCUUUGCUAUUACAGUGAGUUUUCGUUGUAGGACUAGCACCUUCUUUUCUCCUUGCUUUUUAACAAAGGUACUUCAUUUAUAAAGAAUAUCUAUUCCUAGGCUUGUGGGCACAGAAAAGACUUUGGAAAACAUCACCGAUAUUUACGUAGGAGCGCAAGAGGUUUAGAGUGAAUAUUACUCUGAAAAGUUGAUUGAUUGUGUUGUAUGCUCAGAGACUAAGCUUUUCCAUAACUAUAUCAUAAUAAGAGCCCAGUCAAAUACUUAAGUCCGAUUCAGGCGGUGCAUUCUCCCGUCUCCAUCCAUAUUGACUCAAUCUAACGUCGCUGCAUUGAAAAGUUGUUUUCUUCUUCGAACGAACAAGCACCAAACUAAUUCACGACAAGCUAGAGCAUCCAUGUCUUCAUCAGCAUCUCCAGCAGAUAGUACUGUAACCAAAACAACACCUAACACUGUACACGUGGAGCUUUACAAUGCCUCUCCUUUGUAGAAGAAAAAAAAUGAUGAUGAAGUGCCUCUUUUUACAGAUCCAAGCUUAAUGAAGCUCACGAUAACACUGUUAUUUUUAUUCUGUAAUAAUAAUGCUUCACGAAACAGAAAAAACAAAACAAUAUCCACUGCCUAAAACGAACAGAUCCCAAGCAUGAGGACUACCAGCAAUAAUAAUGACAAAAAUAGAUCUGAAAUGUCACAAAAAGGACGUUUAAGGACCACUAAUAAGUAAGGGUGUUUUAUUAUGUUUUAACCCCUGAAAUCACCAAAAUGAAGCUUCUUUUAUACUACAAUAUACAGUGUUAUAUUGUGUCCAAAGUGCCCCUGUUAAAAUUAUGAAUAAUAAUACAAAUUUGCGUAUGUGUUCAUUUAAUUUCGUAUUUUUCAAACCUGCCUUUUUAUAAGUCGCGUAUUGUAAAUGCCCUAUUCAAAAUGUCUGCAUUUUCAAUAUGCAUUUUAUUGGACGUUUAUGUAUGUGUACAAAACUAAAACUAAACAAAAAAAAAAGGUUCUUCCUGCUCUAUUUCCUCUACUUCCUCUCUUCUACUCGGUUCUUUCCUAUAGAUGCUGAAUUUUUCCUUUCGAAGAUGUUAAUGCUGUGUGCUUUUGAGCAGUCGUUGUAAUACAUAAUCAGCAUAAUAUUGUGUGCACCGUAAUCGAUAUUUUCGAUGGUUUAUGUGAAAAGAGGUCAUUGUUGUUCUGUGAUAAGAUUUGCUGUGUAAAGCCGAGAUUAUACAGACUACUUUGUAAACUAGAGAAUAUAAGAGAGAAAAUGAAUACCGUUUUAAUCUUUGUAGUCGGUAGACAACUAUAUCAUAUGUUCAAUACCAAAUUUAUUUAAUCUUUUUUUUUAAUUCCCGCCAGAGGCUAGAUAUGUAAGCAUGCUUGUGAUUACACACUUUUUCCAGCACUUCUCUUUCUGCGUUACAGCUCUGAAUGGUAUUCGCUAUGGAUUAUAUGAUAUUCUUCUGCUUGUAUCAUAGGCUCAGAUCCAAAGACAAAGCAUUUACUCUAUUUAUGACUACAGAGUUUGUUCGUUUGUUUUUCAGAAACAAUAGAAAAUAUAUUUACAGGACAAAGUACAAUGCAGAUUUUAACAGGAGAAGCAAGCAAACGUAAAAUAUCUUUAGAUGGAUCAUAUAUAUAUAUAUGUAUAUAUAUAUAUAUGAUAUUCCAGAUACUGCAGUUUCUUUACUAAUCACACAAGGCAUACUUUAAGUAAUAAUGCUGACUACACAGUUUUGAAACAUGAUGUGCAUGAAAACACAAGUGUGCUCAUGUCAUUUGCAUGUUGAGGAUAGCUUUUUCUUGGCCACUGAAAGCUGGAAGUCCAUCUCCCGUAAUGAGCCUAGCUGGGAUUUGGACUAAGGAAGCGGAUAGUUUGCAUGCUUUUAGGGACACCCACAGUUUGCAACAGGGCCAUUUGCUAAAAGUACUCAGUAGAUUGUAUUUGAGGGCCGGCAAGGAAUGGACUGAGAGGUCUGUGAGCUACAUGUUUUGUGCUUUCUCUAUCUUCCCCAACCACUGUAUAGACGCAAAAGCCUCAAUCUGCUCUGUUAGAUGACACAUCACACCCCAGUUCACCAGUAAUAAAUGUGUUUCUGUAUAAUUAAUCAAACUAUUAAUCAACUAAACAGUCCAUUUAUGAAACCGAUUUUCUUCUGCUACUACAGUUCCAGACUCAUAAUGAAAAAUUCCUAAACAAAUGCAUUUUUCUUUCACCCGGUUGGAUUAAAUUCAAGAAUAAAUGUUUCUUUUUUAUUUAAAAAGGCUUUGGGAACUUUGCAUCAUAUCAUAACCAGUUUUGCAUAGUUCCCUUGUAUUUUUGUUGUUGUUGUUUCUUUAUCCUUCAAUGUUUUAACCUUUAUUUUAACCAUUCUUAUUGUACCAAAUGUGCUAUUGUUUGAGCAACACAAAGCAAACCAAUUGAGUAGUCCAAAGCUCCUAAAGUCAUUUAAACAUAAUUCAUUAUUAUUAUUUUGUAUGUUUAUAUUUGAUCUUGGACUCUAAAAAGUCAAGUCAGAAAAGCUGAGUUUAUGUCAACACCAAAGAAUUAUGUUGAAGAAACACAAUGCGUAAAACAUACUGAAAUUGGAUCAUACUUUUGAGAUAUGUGCAUCAUUUUUCAUUAAGUGCUAUGAUAACUUGUUUUUUGAUUCCACAGUGACUCCUUUCAUCAGUUUUCGAUUUGUAAAAGUUAAUUCUUCAGUAAAUAUGAUUUGCUUCUGUAACAUCAAACAUGAAAUCAAUUGCACUGAUGCAAGAUAAACUGAUGUGUUUAUCCUCAUCUUUUUCGUUCUUCAUUAUUUCAGCUGCUCUGCUUCUUGCGGUGGAUGUUUAGAUCCACGUGUUAUUUGCCAGCAUGGACCAAGUGUUUUAUUUCUUUUGUUUGCACGUAACGGUUUCAUUUACCAAAAGCUGACGUUUAUAGAACAGCUCUAACAAAUUUGAAAAUGAAACAUCAAAUGAAAUAUUAAAUACAAUUAGUAAUGGAUUCUUUCUGCGUAAAUCAACAUAGAAGUAUGUGAGAGAUUAGUAUCACGUUUUAUCUUUAAGGACCAAUUUCCCAUUUUUCUUUAUAACAUAUUGUGAUAUCAUAUAAUCAGUGUAAAGUGUCAUGUGAAUAUUUGGAUGGAAACAGUAGAACUUUACCCCUUGACAAAUAGACAAUGUAGUAAACUAGCUUGUUUAGCUCUGUUGGUCCAGAUGCACGUUAGGAUACACUUUUAUCCCUAUUUUUGUGCUAUAAAAAUGUUUGGGUGACUACAUAGAAACCUAGCUGAUCUAACAAUCAAAGUUUUCAAAAAGAUUUGGUAUUUUUCACUAUUUAAAGCCAUAUCUUAAGCCUUGUUUUAUUCUUGCACUAGCACAUCAUUUAUUUUCACAAAUUUCAUAUUGAAGCAUUCAAACUGAGUGAAUGUGGAGCUGUUGUAGUAAAGGUAUUAAACAUCUUACAGUAUUCAAGCAACCUUAAAAUCAAAUUCUGCAGUAUGCGUUUAAAGUUACUUUGUCCAAUUUCUAUUAUCGUUGUGAAAAAGUUUGAUUGCUUUAUAAUACCUGCUGUUUAGAGAUAUACAAUAAGGUUUUUUAGAGUGUGCACAAGGCCAUUUUAUCAUUUAUUUUUAUAUGUCAGACACUGGACUACAAUAAUUUUUCACAAAUUUGUGAGACAUCAGUCAAGCCAAGUCAAAUUGUAAUUUGAUUUGUAUAGGGCUUUCAUGAACACAAAACAGCACAGCACACAGAUUUCUCACACGGGGAUGUCUACAUUCAACUGUCUCUAAAUUCACAUUUUGUAGGGAAAACGCCAGUUUUCAAUCACCCUGAAUUUUAAACAAUCAUUCUACAAAAUCUAGGAAAAUGUAAGAAUUGUAAAGAAAACCCCUCAGCAAAGUUAUUGCAUGAUAAAAUGUCAAACGCAAACCACUUCCACGAAAACAACAACUGAGAGAAACCACUAAGCAGAAACCACAGUUGAUCCCUGUAGCAAUCCUCAUUGACCACUUAUCAAACCAGAAAAGAAUUUUGCACUAAAAUUAUUCUUGGUCUUCUUCGAUAAAUAGCAAUAGAACACUUAACAUAAACACGAACCAACCACACGUAACAGCGGAGGCUUUCUGUGCUCUUUAAAGAUGCUGUUUUCUUUCUUUUUAUAAAAAGACAUUUGCGUUAUUUGUUUAUACAGAUACAACAGUGGAGAUGUGUAGUGAUGCUGAGGCUGUAAAGUUGGGUAGAAAUGCUGUUAAAGAAAACACAUAUAACAUGUCCGAGUUUUAGGUCCAUUGAAUGAUAUGCUUCCUGUUUCCUCUUGCGAUUGUUCUGAACAAUUCUUUUACAAGCUCCGAGGAAAAAAGAAGAAGGCUGUCCCAGAAACAUGAAGACACUUCUUUUUGUGGUGUUUCAUAUCCAUAUAGGCCAACUUGCUUGACUCUAGGGAGAGAUGUGAGAGUCGGAGACCUUCAGUUGAGUGCAAACAUAUACUUAUUGCUUCAUGUUAUUAAAUGAGUUGAUCUUUUCCAAACACUUUGUCUGUACUGUUGUGUUUCUGGGACUUCAUUUAAGGGAUGUUUUGUCACAGGUUGGUUUCUAGCCUGUGUUGGUUUCUAAAUCCACACAUAAAACCUACUUAAAGUCCUUAUCCAUAAAGGAAGAAAGCAUGAUUGAAACUGGAACGUCAAAGGUUUCCUAUGCCUAACUAUAGGUGAUCAGUAAUAACUUCUAGCAAUUAUACGUAGUGAUGGUUUUUUGGUUUUUCUGGAAUAGUGGCUUUCCUGUUAAAACUGCUUCGUGGUGUUGUUGGAAGGUGUUGCAGUUUGUCUCAAUAUGUUGAGUGUUAGAGGAAGCAUAAGUAUGUGCCUUCAUGUAAUCUUCUUGGUGAGCUUGUUUUUAUGAAGAAGCUGAAGCCAGCCAGUUGUGUUUGCACUAAAACCAAAUUGCUUUCGUGAUGUUGGUUAUUUGAGCAAGCUUGUUGCGUCACUUUAGCAGUAUGCAUGAGGGUGAGCCUUGGUAAGUUCUAGGGAUAGAGCUCGUGUCUUUUUACUUCUAAACUAGUGCAGCUUAGGAAAUCCCCAGAAUAGUAUCUCUGCUUCGUUCUGUUUCAUUUCCACCAAAUCAUCCAACCACGUCAUCGUGUCUUGCAGUGACAUAUUCCAUAAUGUGCAUACAAAGAAAUAUAAUAUUACAUACCAUACGAUAUUAGAGUAUUUAACACGUCUGUGGAAAAGACUGUCACACAUUUCUCUGAGUAAGUGGGAGUGCAUGAGUUCAUGAGGUCGCCUCAAGACUAUUGGUCAUGUUAUUAUUGGUUCUUUUGUGCUGUUUUAACUAAGUAAGUUUGUGUUGCAUUUGUAAUUUAUUUCUGUUUUGUUCAUUGAAACCUAAAAAAGGCCUACAUGCUUUUCAGUCUUACAAAUGCACCUUAUUCUCACCUGUCUGGAACAGACAGGCCUUGUAAUAUCUCUAAUUUAGCACCUUACUACACAGCAUGAUUUCACUUUAUGCCAGUUUUGCUAUACUUCCAUGCAUAUGAUUUGAAAGAAAAAUAAAACCUUAUAUAUUUUGUGAAAAUAUUUAAAGGGAUGUGCCAAAGUUUGGAGGCGAUCUCCCUUGUUUGUAUGUUUAUUAUGACUUUUUUUUUUUUUUUCCUUCUGCUUCAGUUAUUUCAGUGGUAUCUCAUGUAAUCUUUCUUACAAAUGUGUUUAGAAAAAAAAAAUCAGCAAAACAGUAUCAUUACUUGCCAUUUUACAGUAAGCCCUGUAUUUUCACGUAUAUUUACCAGUGAUGUGUAUUUGUUAUUAAACAGAAAAUAGCUGUAAAAGCUUCAUUAUGUUACAUAAUAUUGUGACUUUUUUCGAAAAACUGUGAAGACUUGCAUAUACUUUAUACAGAAGUAUUAAGCCUUAAUGCAAAAGACUAAAAAAAAAAAAAAAAAAAGAGUGGAAGAAUAACUGAUUGUUGCAAAGUAAGGAUGAUUUUUUUGUAAAUGUUACCAGCACCUUUUUUUGUAAUUUUCACUCUCUGAGGUAUUGUAAGUUCACUCUGUUUGUGAAGUUUGAAUAUGAAGGAAUAAAAAAAUAGUACUUUCCUGUACAUUAAAGAA